AUGGCUGAAAUCAUCGGCAAACGACAACGAAGAAAGAGCCUGAGCGUGUUCAGUCCAUCCCUCACAAUAUCAACCUCCCUCCGGCCUCCACUCCAUGAUCGAACACCCUCGGACGAUACCUUGACCCGAGACAAGAAAACCCGACGGAAUUCUGGCUUCUUCGGUCGCUCUCACAGUCCCACCAGAGGGUCCGAUGGAUCGAAUAACCGUCGCCCUGGGACAGCUGGCUCCGACACCGCCGGCUGGUCAGCAACCACACCCGUCAUUGAAACCCCUCGCCCGCGGAGGAAGUCGCUACAGAAAAAGCGAACCUCGGUGUUUGGAUCUCUGAGGUCAUUGCACUCAUGGGAGGACGAUGAACAUAUGAGUGCCUCCGUUGGCUCGGCGGUGGAUGAGCAAACCAUGGCCAGUCCCCGAAAUGGGAUCUGGUCAUCUGCAAUCCUCCACUACGGGGAGGUUCAAACGACUGGAGGCAUGUGGAGAAAAAAGAGUCAAUAUUUGGUCCUGACGGAUACGCACCUCAUCCGAUUCAAGAACCAAGGAAAAGCCGCCGAUGUCUUUGGUUCUAUCUCCGCUUCUUAUACCCGAGCUCCGGCUUCCCAUCGCCAAUCGGUGGCUUCAGUCAGUUCUCUGCAGGACAUGCAAUUAAUGGCCACUGGAGAUUCAUCUGCCGGAAUCCCAUUAAACAGCAUAAUUGCGGUCUACAUGCUGGAGGAUGCGCGAUUGUCCCCAUCGGUUGAAGUGGCCUAUCUCGACGAGCGCACACACAAAGCUACAUUGGUUCAAAUGCAGACAUCUGAUCUGCAGGAAUUGAAUCUCUGGAUGGUGGGCAUUCGCCAAGCCGCCCAGAUGGCUAGAGCCAAUUGUCCAAUGCCGUUUAACAGGGGAUCGAUUGAGUAUGUAACGCGUAUGCUGGAACACGAGCGAGAUUAUGACCCGGAGGUGUUCCGCAUGUUCCGGGUCAUUCAAAUCGCCUCCAGCAAGUCAAUCACCCGCUCUUCCUCUGAUGACCUGACCAAACUGUCGCCCACGGGGUGCUAUCUUGCCAUUGGCGCACACAAGCUUCAUCUGCUCCCCAUGCAGAAGACAACCAAUCGAUCAUCGGUCGUAUCCCUAUCAGACUGGGAGUCCGGUACUUCGUUUGGUCUGAUGAACCUGACUGGUUUGUCGAUGGAGUACGGCGACGAUAGCCUGCAUCUGACUUUCAGGGUUCCUCUCAAGAAAUCAUUCAAUGUUUUCCUGGCCUCCGUUCAUUCUGUUGAAGUCGCUUGCUGGAUUCGACAACAUACUGAAUAUCUCCGUCCAUUGUGGAUAAGACAGCCGUACGAAUUCGUUGUUCCGAAAGAACUGCAAAAUGACGACAACUUCCCGCCUGUUGCCUUAGAUGAAGAUUUUGGAUGCUUCGACCGAACGCUGGUCGCCUACUCCGCCAGUUAUGAUAUCGACACAUCAAAUAUUCGAUACACAAUCGAUCAGGAAUGCGAGGACGCUCCAUGCUUCCGUCUUCUGAAGCCCGCUUCCCCCAAAACCCCACGGUACACCGCUUUAGAACUCAUUGCGGUCAUGCGCACACUUCGCUAUAAUGAAUUCUUCCGGUCAAUUUCAUUCCGCGGGAUCAAUCUUGAUGCAUUGCAGGGCAUUCGUGAUAUUCACGGGGUGGAUCCCGACGUCCAUCUGGACCGAGGAGGUGCCUCCGUGCACAUUCCAGGUCAGGCGAACCUGACUGUUCUCUCGCAAGAGGUGCGCGCUUUAGCUCUGAAGAGCAAAUGGCUGCGCCGACUCGACUUCUCUUACUGCCUUACGAGGAUACCAACACCAACUCUCGACAAGGGUACUCGUGACCCAGGCUGUGGGAUUCCAGAAGCGAUCUUCCCCGUGUGCCGCCGAGAAUUGACCAGCGUGGACUGGGUUGUGCUCAACGGCAUCAAGCUGGGUGAGUCGGAUCUAGACUAUCUCGUCGAUGCGGCUUCGCAAAGGCGUAGUCACCUGCGAGCUUUGGAGGUCGGGGACUGUGGAUUAUCCGUGCAUGAUCUAGAUCUUCUUUUGUCGACUAUCGUCGCACAAGAAUCAACACUCGAGGCGAUCAACAUCUCAGGCGUGCAGGGCCGAUUGAAUCCCGAUGUACUCCAGCAAUACAUUGGCUACUUUGGACAAAUCCGCAAAAUCAACUUAUCCCGCAUCUCACGGACAUCCGGCACCGACCCGCUCAUCACGGCCGAAAUGCUGUUCAACUGGCGACUCGAAGAGCUGGCUCUCAGUCGGACGGCUUUGAACCGCGAGAGUGUGGAUGCCAUUGCUACUUACCUGGCCAGCGAUCGUUCUCGCAAUCUUCGUGUGAUUCGUCUUGAUCAAUGUGGUCUGACCGGAGAAGACGUGGCUAUGUUUAUGCACUCAAUGUCCGUUGGGCCUGAUUCCCCGCGCAGUCUCCAUCUGCAUGUCAAUGAGAACCGCCUUGACAAUGGCUGCUCUCAUAUUUUCAAUGCUAUUGCGAAGAAUCAAACCCCCUCGCAUCUGUCAAUGCGCAUGAUUGACUUCAAGAAAGAAGACCAUUUCCGUCAAAUGGUGGAUUCACUUCGGAAGAACAGCACCCUCAAGUUCCUGGAUAUCUCGAAAGCUUCCCUCCCAUACGAUGCUAGCCCUGAGACCUGCCGAUCAUUGCAGGUGAUGCUCGAGGAGAAUGAGACUCUUGAGGCUUUGGACAUUAGCGGUGACAAUGCGCAUCUUGAUGUUGCACGCUUCGGCAUUGGCCUCAAUCUUGCGCUGACUGGCCUGAAGAAAAACAAAUCUCUCAAAGUCCUGAGAAUUGAGCACCAGAAACUCGGUCUACAAGGUGCGAAUACGCUUGCCUCUGUCUUAGAGGAGAAUGAUUCGCUGCGUGAAGUACAUUGUGAGAACAAUGAUAUCAAUCUGCAAUCCUUUACGGUUUUGGUCAACGGCCUUCGGUGCAAUCACUUCCUUCUCACUCUCUCCUGUAUGGACCGGGAUCGGACCCUGUCACUGGAUAAAGUACGCCGAGAGGUUGAUAAUGUUCGAUGGGAGUCUGGCAAUAGCAACCAAACUUCCACCGCAAACUCGGUCCGUCGCUCUCUUGUCGCUUCAGCCUUGGAAAACUCUCCAUUUGCCAACCACAACGUUGAGCUAGUCUUGCGGUCUCUGAAUGAGAGAUGGGAUUCGGAAGUUGCCCGGCUUCAUCGAUAUCUCCGCCGCAACUACAACAUUGCCCAUGGGAUUGAGGAAAUUGAUGAUGAUGCUUCCAGCGAUGGACGACCUAGAACAGCAGCGAGCCUGGGAACGAUGCUUGACAAUCUCAAAUUCGACGUGUCCGUAUCGGCAGAUGAGAUCCGAGCGUCGUCACUACCAGACGAGUCUCCUGCUGCCAUCCGGCUCUCAGAGGCAUCUGACACCCCAUCCCAGUCCUCUUCGAACAUCGAGUCCACCCCCGUUCAACCAAAACGCAUUCCAUCUAAUACCCCCCGCCCUCACACUGCCCUUCCUGCACAAUUUGUUCCAUCCGGUCAUGGUUCCUCGACCUCAACCUCUCGCCUGGCUAUCCCGGUUCCAGCCGUGCCCCCAGCAGUCCGGAAGGCCGAGAGCGUUCGCAGCGCACGCAGUUCUUCCAGCAACGCCUCAAUAGGCGCCGGCAGUACGCGAAGCGCCUACGGCGUCGCCUCGUCAACCCUAAGAGGCUUCCUCAGCGGCACCGCGCUGAGAGAACGUCGCCGUGCGGAUGAAGUGCGCCCCUCGCAUGUGUAUGUCAACAGUGACAAGCCGCCUCAGCUAGACUGGGCACCACCAAAGCUUGACUUGGGAGAGCUCCAAUAG